UUCCAGUGUGACGGCCAACCUCUAGACUUGGCUAACGGACCAUCGCUUCAAGGGAUCGCCGUCCUUAAUAUUCCCAGCAUCUAUGGAGGGUCCAACCUCUGGGGAGACAACCCCAGUUGCAGGAGGAAAUCAAAAUGUAGGAAUAAAACGAAAGAUAAGGACGGGCUAGUUAACAGCAUGCAACCAAUCGACUUGAGCGCUGCAGUGCAAGAUAUUGGAGAUACUAAGUUUGAAGUUAUUGGUCUCGAAAACUGUAUGCACGUGGGCCAAGUGAAAGCUGGACUUCGCGGCUCCGGACGACGUUUGGCGCAAUGUUCGUCUGUUGUCAUAAAGACAAAGAAGAGGUUUCCAAUGCAGAUAGAUGGAGAGCCAUGGGUUCAAACAGCGUGUUCCGUACGUAAUGUUUCUUUUUAUGUGCGUCAUUAGUUUUCUUGUAGU